AUGAAGACUCAAAAGUGUUGCGUUCACUGUCCAGGAAAAUUAGUUCCUCCAGGAAGCAACGAGUCACACGAAUGCUGUCAGCCACGAUAUAUUUCGGGAAAUUUAAGAAUAUCUUCCUUGAACAAGCAUAUACCAGACUGUUCCAGAAAAAGGGAUGUCAAGGAAAGUCUCGUAGAACCACUACCAGAGAAUCGAUUAUCUUGUUACGAUCAUUUUGCAACAGCAAAGAAGCUUCACGCGGAGAAUUUGAUGCACCAACCACUUCCGGAUAAAGUUGCAGACUGUGUUUUCAAGAAUGUAAAACCAGGAGAGAUUCCUAAUGAACAUCUAUCGGAGAAGUGCUGCAAGCAAGAAGUUGAAGGUCAUUCUAUGAAACUAAAUAAGCGUUAUGGACCAGUUUUAGGUUGCAAGGCGCCCAAAACGAAGAUAGAUCUAGCCAUUUGUUGGGAAACCCCUAUCAAUCCAGUUUAUGAACCACCUAGACCUACGCAUAUCGAUGGCACAGAAGGUGGACUUGCGCCAGCUAUAUUUACUCUUGUUCAACAUAAUUCUAACUCUAGAGCUUCCGUUUGUUCCGAAACUGCAAAAAAUAAGAACGAGUCCCUUUCCCAGCGAAAUCAGAAAUGUAAAUCACAAGAAGAUUUAAAUUAUUCAGGAAAUGAAAAUAAAAAAAAUGACAACAAAAAUAUGAAGUCUCGUGAUUGUCCCUGCAAUAAGUUAAACGGAGUGGACAUUUCAAGUAAAAAUCAAGGUCAAGAACAAUCAAGAAGAUCUUUCAGGAAAUGUGUAGCCUGCGAAACGAAGAAUACUAAAGAUGAUCCUAGAUUGAUUAGAUCAGCUGUUGGAUUGGCAUUAGGCACCGAAAAGACUAUAAAUGGUCAAAGAGAUGGAAGUAAAUCGACUAUACCGAGACCAAAGACACCUUUUGCUAGAAAAUCCUUUUGCAUUGACACUUUGACUCCUCCUUUUAGUAUUACUAACGGAUGCAGGAAUAUUGACUUUCCAGAACAUUGGAGACUUAUGUCAGUUUAUCAACAGUCCUAUAGGAACCCAUACAGAAGGAGAAUAUAUCGCUGUUAG